AUGGCAGGCAACGAGAAUGUUGAUCGCCCCCUCGAGGAAUCCAUGUCAUGUUUGAUUGCGGUGCAAACUGUCAAUUAUCACGUGUGGCACGUGGAAGACAAAGGUCAAUCACGAGAAGGUCUCACAUUCCAGAUAUUUCAUUAUAGUUAUGUACAGAAUAAUGCAGAUGGCUGGUAUUCUCCUCAGGCACCUGAUCUACGCAUAAGUAUCUCCCCUCAGACCGUUUUUGUCACGUUUACUUCGUCAUUACUUCCCCUGCCUUUUACAGAUCCGUCACUGCAAGCCACUGAGAAGCACUACAUAAACCUUAUUCCCAAACCUUAUUCCAACCUUGUUAACGAGUCCGCAUUCUUUAGCAUGUCUUCCUCUGCCGUCGCUUCUUACCCCAGCGACAAGGGGACCGACCCAAACUUCUUCGGGCAAGGAUUCGAGGAUCUGGACCACGAUUUCUUCGAACAAUUCCUGACGUUCAGCCCCACUUAUAGCGAACGGUCCGAAUACUCUGCUCUCCCGCAACCAAAUUAUCUGCAACGAUCACUUAGCGAUAGUCACGAGACCCUGAGCUCCCUCGAAGAUGACUCGAAGAACACAAAUGCUCGCGAGUCCUGGCAAGGCGAUUCCUGGGCGACAUUCGAUCCAGCCUUAGCCUCAUCACGCCCUAGUCAUAUACAAGGCAAUGGCCUAUACUCGUCUGGCAGAGCCGCGAUUUCAGAUGGCGAGCUUCUCAGCCUUGAAGGAAUCACAUUGGAUUCCCCUCAUAUACUCGCCCCCCCUCAGCAUUCUUUACCAUCAUCACCCUCAUCAGCCGCGACUGUAGCUUCUCGAAGAAAGACUCGUCUCGUGGAAUCACUUUCUAAGACAUUCAAAAAAGCGACUAGCAAUAUCGAAAGAUCUCUUCGGAGCCCGAUUCGAAAGAACUCUUCCCCAAAAAUGGGACGUGCUCCCAAUCUUAGCCAGUCAAGCAUCGAGAAUUUGGGAAAUAAGCUUCAAGCGGAUGCAUUGACGUUCAAGUUCGACUUUGAAGAAAACCCGGUUUCCUUUCUAUCACCUACAGGGGUUGCCGAUAGACCUACCACCCUGGACGAGAUUCUCGAACUUGACGUUAGAAGGCCUGACGGACCCGCAUACAAUACUCCGCAGAUAAAUCAAGCUACUGCAUUACAAACACCUCAGACAACUCCAUUAUUGAGCAAUGAUCAUUCUCCGAAAUCAAACGGAGAGGAAGUUGGUUUUCCGAUUACUCCUCAACACCAGAACACCACGGCCUUCUGGUGGCGACAGGCACCUGGAUCUUCAGAGCGCAACAACUUUGGUAGCCCGAGCAUAUACCCAUCAGCCGACAUAGAAGUACCGAUAUGGUGGAAUCAUGCCCCCACUGCACCCAUGGCCCAGCCUUUACCAAAUGGAUAUCACACCAACCCGCAGCUCGCCACCAAGAGCCUCGCUCACCAACUCCAGAACGACCUAGCAUACCAAAACAACGACAUCUCUUGCAACUCAUCCAUCAUGGCAUCAGGACUCAUGAUCCAAAUGCCAGGUUUCACACCCCAGCAAUCCUUCGUCACCUCGCCACCCCUGAAGCAACAAGGCUUCACGCAUUCAGCUCCUCAGCCGCAGCCAAGAUACCACGCCCGCCGACCCUACAACCAAGCCUCACCCAGGCAGCCAUCGCAAACAAGUCCAGUGCGCAAAAAUCGCUCGAGCGGCUCUAGCGACUCGGACUCACCUAAAUCCCCAUCGACGGGGACGGGUUUCCACGUCCGCAAGCGCAAGUCGCCUAAAAUGAGCAAGCACUCGACGCCGCGAAUGGCACCUGGAUUUGGAGGCGCGGGCGACUUUGUCAACUAUACACCGAGUGAUAGCAGGAAGAUCUUGACGGGUGUUGCGCCCAGCGGGUCGUCGAAAACUAAGGCGCGGAGAGAGAAGGAGGCUAUGGAUAAGAGGAGGAGGCUUUCUCAGGCGGCGUUGAGGGCUGUUAAGGCUGCGGGAGGGGAUGUCGAGAGCCUUGUUGAACAGGGCCUGUUUGCAUAA